AUGGAGCCACAGAAUCAGGAGCCCGACCUCAAGCUGGUUUACCACCGGUUGCUGAGUCCGCUGUCGCUCUUCCCCCGCAAGGCGACACCUUCAGAGCCUCCGAAGAGACGCUCGCAAGAGGUCUCGACUUUGCAAUCUGUCCCGCUCGCGAAGCUAAAAGUGGGGCCGUUGUGCCGCCAGGUAUCGAAGCGGCUAGCAGGCAGCGGGCGGGCGGCGCGGGUGACUCCCAAGGAUCGACUCCGACUCACCCAGGUUAUCCUAGAGGAGCUGAAGUGCAGCUGGCAGGAACCUCCUACAGAACCUAUUUUGAACUACGAGAACAACCAGAAGCUGCGGAAGCGUUUGGAGUCCUACGUGCUGAUCUGUAGCGAGCAGCUCUUCAUACGCUACCUGCACCUGCUGGUGACCCUGCCGGCCACUAGGAGGGUCUUCACUGAAUCAGCCACCCUCAGCCGGUUGGCAGCCAACCUUGCCAGGGAUUGCACAAUCUUCCUCACCAGUCCCGAUGUCUACCGCUGCCUGCUGGCUGAUUUUCAGACCCUGCUGAAUUUAGAGCAGACCCAGAGAGGCCUAUCCAAGCUUCGCCCCCCAGUCUGUCCCCCUGGGACUUUCAAACUCUGUCCAAUCCCCUGGCCCCACAGCACCGGCUUGGACCAAGUGCCAUGCUCUAGCCUGAACCUGAACUACCUUGUCCAACUCAGCCGCCCAUGUGAUCUCCCCAGUGAGCCUGAACCUGAUCCAGUGAAGGAGCUGAAAUCUAUUCCCCAGCUAAAGGGUAAAAAGCGGCUCCUCUGGGUGCCCUCCGCAAAAAAAGAAAAGGAAGUUGAAGUGAGUUCCGCACAGAUGGUACCACUGCCUAGCCAUUCUCCUCCUGGCAGUGAGAUUUCCCACUUCCCCACUUCACCAAGGCUCCUGAGGGGCCAGUCCAUGCCCUGUCUUCGUGAAGGGUGGAGUCUGGCAGAUGAGUUGGGUCUCCCUCCUCUCUCCCCUCAUCCUCUCACCCCACUGAUCUUGGCUCCAGAGAGUAAACCACUGCUGUUUGGGGACCUGGCGGCUGAGGAUCUGAAGCAGAAGACAAAGAUCAUGGCAAUGGAGUGGGCUCGCUACUCACCACUGGAAUCGGGCCUGCCGCCACUCCUCGGGGUCCUUACUAGGCGCCUAACUGCCCAGCACCACAUAGAGGACCUGCAGCAAAAGUUGAAGAGCCUGCAGGAAGAAGAAGCCUCCGGACAGUGGGAUUUCCGCCCCCCCAGAAUCACUCCACUUCACCCACAGCCAAUGACUAUUACUUUGAAGCUACAAAAUCAGGUCGUGGUCCAAGUAGCUACUGUGCAACUCUCCGACAGAUGCUUUUCUGACACUUUCCACGUUGAGGGGGCUGGAGUCCUAUACAACCAUCUGACUGGGGAACUGGAUUGCAAAGCCAUCGAAGAAAUGGAUUCUGACCGUCUUGUUGGCAAUAGCACCAAAGAGGUAUACAAGGAAUUGAUGAGCCGAGUCUCAACUAGUCACCUCUCUUUUGAUGAAGGACCCCAGAUUGAGCCCUCGGCAGAUAAAGAUUGGUCCAUCUACCUGUCCUCUGCUUUUAUAUACCAAGAUAAACAUACCCCUGUCAUCAACCAUGAUCUGGUUGGACUUUAUUCCAAGAGAUCAAGCACUCAGCAGUUGUGCCCCGAGAAGACGCCUUCUCCCACAUUACUCCAAAAGGGCAGAAGCUGGGACAAGUGGUCAAACAAGACUAUAUGGAUGAAUUGGUGGAAAGCCUCUGUGUCUUCGGAAGACUACUUAAAGUUCCUCAUCACUCAGGAGACGGAUUUCCUCCAUGUCGUCUUCCAAAUGUAUGAAGAAGAGGCUUCUGUGGAGAUACCGGUCCCUGCCAAAGAGUCCCUGGAGAUUCAGCACCCUCCUCCCCUGCUGGAUGAUGAAGAGCCAGACUUUGUCCCUGGAAAGUGGGAUUGGAGCUCAGUGAUAGAGGACAGCUCAGCACCUGGGAAAGCCCACAUCCUAAAUCUGCAGCAGCGUCUAGAACGACUGUGGGUCGUGUUGGAAGUCCCUGACCAGAGCCGGCUGAACAUGGUCAUUAAGUACAGCUCCAAUGCACGCCUGCAGCAGCUACCAGCAUUGAUCAGGGCCUGGGAGCGGGUCCUGAAGCCCAUUCAGACACGGGAGUUGUUGCUAGGGAGACUGGAGUGGUUUGAACGACAAGCUUCCGACCCCAACCGGUUCUUCCAAAAGCCUGAUUUGAUGCUGAGUCGACUCCUGGAGGAGAAUCGGAUCCGGAGCCAUAUCCGAAGGAAGCUCAGUCUAAUGGAGUCUUCUUUGAUUUCCUUGCUGGAAAAGAUAGAGUUAGUGUUUGGGGAGCCAGUGACCUUCAAAGGGCGGCCUUAUCUAGAGAAGAUGAAGCAGGACAAAGUGGAGAUGCUCUAUUGGCUCCAGCAGCAGCGGCGGGUUCGCAAUCUACUCCGGGCCCAGAGAGCCUUCCACCCCAUUCUCACAAGAAGCCGCAGCCAGGCUUUAAUAGCUCCUGGGAAUAGUCCUAUUGCCCGCUAA